AUGUCUUUACAUUUCCUUCGCUUUACCCCCUCCCCCCACCACUCUCUCUCUCUCUCUCUCUCUCUCUCUAUCUAUCUAUCUAUCUAUCUCGCUAUCUAUCUAUCUAUCUAUCUAUCUAUCUAUUUUAAUGACAAGUCGCCAUCCAUGUUUGUCUCUUUCGUUGUAAAAACUCUGCAAGCUUCUUUUUUACUAUUUUUGUCUAUAUUCUUAUUCUUUUAUCGUUUAAUAUUUCUUUGUUUUCCUUUAACGUCAUCUGAUAUUAUUUAUUUCCCUAUAUCAUUCCCUUUUAUUCUCCUCUCGAGUAAAACCCUAAUAUCAUUGUCUAUUCUAUUCUAUUCUAUUCUAUUCUAUCUAUCUAUCUAUCUAUCUAUUUGUCUGUCUGUCUGUCUGUCUCCGUAUAUCUCUGCAUCUCUUUUGAGUAAAACACUAAUAUCAUUGUCUGUUCUCUCUCUCUUUAUCUAUCUAUCUAUCUCUCUCCAUAUAUCUCACCAUCUCUCACUCUAUAUAUACCUCUUUCGUUCUCUCUAUAUAUCUAUCUAUCUGCCUCUCUUUCUUUCAUUCUCUCUCUCUCUUUCUCUUUCUCUGUUUAUCUAUCUCUCUUUCAUUCUCUCUCUAUCUGUCAGUGCAUCUCUCUUUAUUUCAUUCGCUCUCACUCUAUCUUUUGAAACAGCAACAUACAAGUAUUUUCUUUCUUUUAUUUACAGCAAUUAA